AUGCCGCCCGACGUCCACGCCACGUGCGCGCGUCUGCACGCCGACUUGUCGCGCCACCCGCUGGCGUGGCCCUUCCUCGCGCCCGUGGACCCCGUCGCGCUCAACGUGCCCACGUACUACGACGUCAUUGCGCACCCGAUGGACCUCGCGACAAUGGGUACAAAGCUCGCGGCCCACGAGUACAACGACCCCGUGGCGUACCGCGCAGACCUGUUGCUCAUGUUCGCCAACGCGAUCGAGUUCAACCAGGACGACGAGCGCGAGAACUCGGUGGCCGCUGUCGCGCGCGCGUUCCAGCGCGUGGCGCUCGACGAGUGGGAGGACCUGUUCUCCGAGACGGCGACGACGGACUGGGCGCUCAAGGCCGAGAAACAGGCGCAGCUGCGCGUUCUCGAGCGCGCAAAGGAGAGCCGCGUGCUGCGUCGGUGGAAGCGCCACGCGUUCGUCAUGCGGCUCAACCGGGCCAAGCUGGACGAGCGCCGGCGCGGGGCCGAAGCCAACGGCGAGUAA